UUGAACGGGAAACCGCCUUGACUUGGUUGACAAACGAGAAACUUGAUUGCCACCGGAUAUGCACCGGACCAUCUCCGGACGCAUAUGUGACGUGUAGACACAGCUUUAUACAAUAUAUCUUUGCAUUUUGGAAUGGCAACAUUGAUUUUGACAUUUCGUUAUCAGCCGGUCGAUUAUUUACGCAUACGAAAAAGUAAAUAAAAUAUUAAUACAAAAAACAUAAUGAGUGAUCUAUUGGACGAUGAUUUAGAGUUGCGUAUCGGUACACUGCAGCUUUCUACGGACAAUGUUGCCACGAACGCCGAGGCCCAACGUCCAGGACGAGAGAAAACGUCUGGUAAUGCGAGAAGUACCCCAGUCAACGUUCCACCUUCUUCGGUUCUCUCUGGCGCCGAUUCCUUGACCUCAUCUUCAUCUUCCUUUGCUGAUGCCAGAGCUGAUGGAGCAACCAAUGCACAGCCAGAAACAGAACAAGAAGCAGUUCAGACAGUAUACCCCAGAUAUGAUGUUCCGUUCAACCGAGAGAACAUCAAGGACUUCUUUACAUUCCGCCGGGGUGUGGUGGAGAACGCCAUACAAGAGUGCAUUACAGCACUUCUGUUCCCUGAAGAUGGGGAGUAUUUGGGCUCAUGGUUAUUGACAGAAAUCACACUUUGGGAUAACGAAAAGGAGAGGAUUGUGCUCUUAACGUCACGGCUAGUGAUGACCAUAAAGUACGACUUCAUAGCUAUGAAACAGUUGGACUUCAAAAAGACGUACUUAGACGACCUGGACACCAUAGUUAUAGGGGAAUUAGUCUAUCCACCAUCUUCAUUAGUACCACGCCUAAACGGCAUCGCGACUGGUGUGACGACGGUGGUCAAAGACUGCGUCAUAGACCGCCUGUGCCGGCGGCCCAGCGAGGCGGAGGAAGCCAAAUUGUUCGAUCCCAAGUAUUUUGAGCCUAGGGAGCGCAACCUUCGCGGAGUUCGUCUGAUGUGGAACAAGGGCGAGGCGCUGCCGCUCAAGACAGUCUGGAACCCCUUCAGCCAGGACGUUCCUUUCAUUACCUUCGCGUCGCAUCCGAUAUAUUGGCAUAAAGAUGGCGGCGUUGACGAAAGAUCAACGUACGACAUGGAGAUAUUUGCUCAAAAAUUACAAAGGGCCGUAGAAACGGCCGCUUCCGCGUGUUGCAUACACCACUCCCCUAUAGUCAUACAGAGCUACGUGGGUAUCACUUCGCUACUGCAUAACAAGACUAGCAUGGGAUUCUUCAAGGUCAGAGGGAAGUUUAGUUUCUAAUCUGUAAUUGAUAUGAUUUUACUGUCACAGAUAAUAUUGAUGAAGAUUGAUUACAUUGUCGCCAUAUUUUCUAAACAAAAUCGGUAUACUCCGAAUGUUGUAUACACAACUCUCCCAUAAUCAUAGAGACCUAUGCUGGUAUCACCUCACUACUGCAUAACAAGACUAGCAUGGGAUUCUUCAAGGUCAGAGGGAAGUUUAGUUUCUAAUAUGUACAUAGGAAAUCGAUAUGAUUUUACUGUCCCAGAUAAUAUUGAUGAAGAUUGAUUACAUUGUCGCCAUAUUUUCUAAACAAAAUCGGUAUGAUCCGAAUGUUGUAUACACCACUCUCCCAUAAUCAUACAGACCUAUGCUGGUAUCACCUCACUACUACAUAGCAACUAGUAUGGGACUAUAUUUAGCAUGGGAUUCAUCAAGGUCAGAGGAAAGUUUAGUAUUUAUGGAGAUUGAUAUGAUUUUACUGUCGCAGAUGAAAAUUAGAAUUGAUUAAAUUGUCGCCAUCUUUUUUAAAAAAAAAAAAUCGGUAUCAUCAGAAUGUUGCAUACACCACUCCCCCAUAUUUAUACUGAGCUAUGUCUGUCUCCCUUCAUUGGCAUACUUUAUGCUACUGCAUAACUCCUAUUUUUGAUGUCUGAUGAAGAUUGAUUAAAUUGUCGCCAUAUUUUCUUAAUAAAAUCUGAGUGUCAUGUUACUUCCUCUUCGCGGUUCCUUAACAAGACUAGGCUUCUUCAAGGUCAGAUGGAGAUUAAGUUUCUAAUCUGAACAUACAUAUGUAUGAAAAUUGAUGUGAAACCUGAUGUUGAAUGUCUUGUGGCGAUUGAUUUAAAUGUUUUUAGCCUGCACAUGCAAAUAAGAAGAGAAUUCUAUCAGUCUUAAUUUAGCCCACUUCUGAUGUUGAUGUCUGAUGAAGAUUGAUUAAAUUGUCGCCAUCUGUUUAAAAUAAAAGUCGAGUCGGAGUGAAGUCGGUCUUCGUAAUAUACGAAGACUUUAAUAGCGUUUACAAUUUGACAUUAUAGUUAGAUAUAUGAAUAAUUUUUAGGCUAGGUAAACAAACGUGUAAUGGGAAUAAAUUAAUAAUUUAAGGAUUUUCUUCCCUUUUUCCAGUUAUUAAUUAACUUUCAAUCUUGUUGUUAUAAUGCAUUUAUUUAUAACGUUACGGGCUACGGCUUCCUAUAAGUAGUCGUUCGCCGCGAAUUGAGACCACGGUUGUAUGAGUUUGGGCCACUUGUUUUGUACCUUGUAAGUGGUCCAAGAUUCACACAAAUUAUUAAUUUCGAAUUUUUGAUGUUAGCGCUAUCUAAAGAUUUUAAUAAUUGAUAAUAAUAACUUUAUUUGUACCAGAAAAUUGUAACAAUAAAAAUAAAAAGAAAGAAAAAGUGGACAGGGGAGCACUUAUCUCUAUAAGAGAUCUCUACCAGUGAUUUUAGGUUUAUUUUGUGGUUGAACGACAUAAUAAGGUAAAUAACGGGACGUAAGUACUAUAUACAAUUAAUUCUAUGAAUAUUUCAUCUCCUUCCGGGAAUUCCGGGACUUUCUGCUCGUGGCAGUUCCAACCUUCACCUUUCGUAGCACUAAAAUUCCUUCGUAACCGCGACCCAUGCAAAUCCUAUUAUAAAAUCAUGGUAUCGUGGUACAUAUACCUGACCUUAAAUUAAUUAUUAGCGCCAUCUAUCAAAAUUUUGGCGAAAGUUUUACAGUGAAAAAUCAGGCAGGGAAAAUGUUCUUGAAUGUUAGUGUUUGUUCGGCUUUUGGCCAUCAUUUUUAUAUUGAUUGAGAUUUUGAAGUGAUCAGGAGCUUUAAUUAACUGUGAAAUUAAUUUUCGUGUUAAAAAUAGAGACAGAUAAUCACAUCCUCUCUACAGUUUUAUUCACAGAAACCAAAAUAAGUGUAGAUGUGUUAAAGAAGGGUAAGAUUGUGGUCGAGCUGACGGGUCUCAUCAUAGCGUGUUAUUGUAAAAAUAGACUUAUUCGCAUAGCGUUACAGUUUAUUUUUACACUGCUAGUGUUUAAUCGACUUAUUGUUGUUUUGUUCGGAAGAGUUGCUCAAAAUCGGCGAUACGCAGUCCAGUAUCACCGAUACCUUUCCGGGGCAUUGAGGGAACCAGGGAGCAUUAUGUUUAAUCGGCUCCUUGUUCAUAAAGAACAUUGAUUUAUUUGAUUAGAAACAACAGAUUCUAUUUCUAUUUACUAAUAUUUCUAAUUCUGUGGUUGUUUUAUAAGUAUGUAUAGGAUAUUAAUAAAAUUAUUAAUUAUGUUCACAAAUAUUUUUAGGUUAGUAUUUAGUACCUACCUGGUGUUGGUCGUUUCGAUUAUUUAAUAAGAACUAAAAUGGUGUUGUUUAUUUUGUGAUAAUUAUAAGCUUUAGAGAGCAGUCAUUAAGUAAUUAUAUUAAUACUAUAAGAGAUGUCAACGUCAAACUCAAUUUACAUUAACUCUUAAGUCGUUUUACAAACACCUGACACUAUAAAAUUUUCACCAAAGUAAGAAUGUGAUCUAACUACACUGGUGCGCUUUGUACUUGCAUAGAGGUAUGCGUCAUGUAAGCUGCCAAAACAUGCAAUGCACAUACGCAUAAGUGUCCACGCAUAGAAUCAGUUAACAUAUAUUAAAGUUAUGCGUGUUGCGUGUACAUCACAAACGAGGUAGAGGGGAUACAAGAAAAUGCGUGCGUUAUUGCGUGCACCAGAAAGUUUGAAGCAUGCGUUACUGCACGCGAAUAUGAGGUAUAGCUGUUGCUCUAUUUCAUGAUGACCGCUCAGCCUUGGUUGUACAGAUAAGCAUUAACGAGACUGAGCGCCACGCACACUAUAACGAUGUGUACGUGUGCACUCACACAAAUAUAUCCAAAUGGUCUUCGUGAAAUAGAACAGCUAUAAUAUGCACACAGGCAUAUUUCUGAGUAGUUAGCGCAAGCGCCUAUUUGGAUUGAAACCAAUGUCAAAUAUAAAAUGAUUUUGACCUUUCCAGCUCCUGUAUUAUAUCUAAAUGUUACAGUUAAACCUAUUUUUUACAAAUACAUUCAUAGGGGUAUGCCAGUCUUGCGUAGAGCCCGGGUGAUCAGAUUUCGUUCUGGACUACUUCAUUUAAUUGUGGUUCUUAUUAGCUAAAAUGGGUUUUAGCUAAUAUACACAUUUAUUUUGUACCAAUGGAAAUUGUUAGCAUAUAGCUAGUUAUUGAAUUAAACUAUUUAAAUUGUUGUCUAAAUUCGCAUAAUUAUAUAUUGUUGUUGUUAUGAAAAUAUUAUAUUAGUGAAUAUAUGUUUUAUAUUAUAUCUAUUCUUAGCAAAUAAUGCUCAUUAAAAUAAUAAUUCGUUGAAAUGUUCUCAAACGUAAUAGAUAUAGUAUUAGUACACAGACUUAAAAAUGAGAUGGACGGAGCUCUUGCGAAAAAAACAUACGUACCUAUAAAUAAAAGUAAAAAUAUUUUAGCACGCGUGCGUGUUUGUGUGUGCGUCUUUAACAUGGCGUUACAUCGUGCAAGCGUUUAUAUGUUAGGGGCUUCUGCAGGCCUAUUUCGUAUCUCAGUGGCUAUAUAAUCUAAUUGUACGUGAAGUGUCCAACAAAAUAACAGUCGAAAUCCUAAUUUAUUGUUGUUAGCAACCAUUCGGUUACCAUCACGAGCACUGUAUCCCUGCGGUUGGCUCCGCCCACGGGUAGGUAUAGUAUGGACACCGUAACUCAGUUAUAAGAUGAUUUUAGUAAAUUACCUAGCCACUGAAAUACAGAAUAAGGCUGGGACCUGAUUCAAUUAUAGGCUUCCCGUUUCCCGUCUAUCUUAUUUGCUUAGUCUGUGUUAUCCGACAAGUAAUUUUAGUCUGCGUUCAGCAUAAUAUUAAUAUAAGAUUCUUUAAAAAGAAGAUAAUAAAAUGGUCAUUAUUAAU